GAAAAAGAAGAAAAAGAAGAAGAAGAAGAAGAAGAAGAAGGAGGAGAAGAAGAAGAAGAAGAAGAGACGUCAGUGAGUGAAGAUGAACAGUCUACGGAGGAGACGAAUGUGGAAAGUAAAAAGGAUGAUCCUUCUCUUUACAUCGACACAAGUGGGAGAUACGUCAGGACCACCUCUGAGGGUCCUUCUGUUUCCUCCUCGGAUAUAAAACACAUCCCCGGAGUAAACUUCAUCAUUCAGAACACACAGAGAUCGAUGGAUCCCUCCGAUCCUCCAGAGUCCUCCGAUAAAUCAUGUGAUGUGACUCCAGAGACUCCUCUAAGAAAUGACGGUACGGAGAAAUCUACAGAUCCAUCUAAUCCGAAGGAAUCUUCCCAAAGCCACGGAGGAGGAGAGAGUUCCUUAUCCUGUUCGGUGUGCGGGAAACAGUUCACUAAAAGCCAAGAGCUUCUUAAACAUCAGAAGACUCACAGGGGCGAGCGUCCCUUUUCGUGCUCGGAGUGCGGGAAACGUUUCACUCAGAAGGCUCACCUCCUGACGCACCAGAAAAUCCACUCGGAAGAGCGUCCUUUUCCAUGUUCGGAGUGCGGGAAACGUUUCCGCCAGGAAGAAAGCCUCCUUACGCACCAGAAGAGUCACAAAGCCGACACAUCUUUUUCAUGCUCGGAGUGCGGGAAAUGUUUUACCAAGAAAAGGAAAUUUCUCGCCCACCAGAAACUUCACAAGGGCCCCCGUCCUUUUUCGUGUGCAGCGUGCGGGAAAAGCUUUGCGACCAAACAGCACUUAACUAUCCACGAAAGAAUUCACACGGGGGAGCAUCCUUAUUCGUGUUCAGAGUGCGGGAAGCGUUUCAUUCAGAAAUCUAAUUUUCUUCGGCACCAGAGGAGUCACGCGGGUUUGCGUCCUUUUUCGUGUUCGCAGUGCGAGAAAUGCUUCACUAAUAAAAGAAGCCUUCUUAAGCACCAGAAAGUUCACUCGGGGGAGCGUCCUCAUUCCUGUUCAGAGUGCGAGAAAUGUUUUGCCCGGAUAGAAGAGCUUCAUAAACACCAGAGAAUCCACAGAGGUGAGCGCCCCUUUUCGUGUUCGGUGUGCGGGAAAAGUUUCACUAAGAAUUCACACCUUAUUUCACACCAGAGAGUUCACACGGGUGAGCGCCCUUUUUCAUGCUCAGAGUGCGGGAAAUCUUUCACUCAGAAAACAAGCCUUCUGAACCAUCUGAGGAUACACACAGGCGAGCGUCCCUAUUUAUGUUCAGAGUGCGGGAAAUGUUUCGUCCGGCUAAAACAGCUUCAGAAACAUCAGAAGUUUCACACGGGCGAGAGUCCUUAUUCGUGUUCAGAGUGCGGGAAGCGUUUCAGUCAGAAAGAAGGGCUUCUUAUACAUCAGAAAAUUCACACGGGGGACAGACCUUAUCCAUGCACAGAGUGCGAGAAAAGUUUCAUUCAAAAAGGAGACCUUCUUACCCACCAGAGAAUUCACACGGGCGUGCGUCCUUUUUCGUGUAAAGAUUGCGGGAAAACUUUCACUAUGAAACAACACUUGCUUACCCAUGAGAGAAUUCACACGGGGGAGCAUCCUUUUUUGUGCCAAGAGUGUGGGAAAUGUUUCAAUCAGAAAUCGAACCUUUAUAGACACCAGAGAAGCCACAUGGGCGUUCGCCCCUAUUCAUGUUCAGAGUGCGGGAAACGUUUCACUGAUAAAAGAAAUCUUCUUAAACACCAAAAAACUCACACGGGGGAGUGUCCUUAUUCGUGUUCAGAGUGCGGGAAGUUUUUCAGUCACAAAGAAGGUCUUCUUCUACAUCAGAACAUCCACACUGGUGAACGACCGUAUUCGUGCUCAGAGUGCGAGAAGUGUUUCGUCCAGGAAGAAGACCUUCUUACCCACCAGAAAAUUCACACGCGUGAGCGUCCUUAUUCGUGUUUAGUGUGCGGGAAAUCUUUCACUAUGAGACAACACUUAAUAAGCCAUGAGAGAAUUCACACGGGGGAGCAUCCUUAUUCAUGCCAAGAGUGCGGGAAACAGUUCACACAGAAUUCAAACCUUCUUAGACACCAGAGAAGUCACAAGGGUGCGCGUCCUUAUUCAUGUUCAGAGUGCGGGAAAUGUUUCACUGAUAAAAGAACUCUUCUUAAACACCACAAAAGGCACGUGGGGGAGAAAUCCUAAUUCCUAUUACCCUUUCCACGUUUAGACUGUGGGGAAGAUUUUUGUUAGAAAGAAAGCCUUGUUGGACAUUUGGGAAGGAUCCUUUUCUUCAGAGUGCGGGAAAUGUUUUACACCUGAAUUGAAUCUAAUUAGGCCUCAGAGAACUAAUACUUCUGUUGACAAAGGUUCACUCCAUAGAGGCUACAGGUGGAGUCCAUUGGGUUGAGCUUCCUGCUGGCUACGCGUAGAGUCCAUUGGGUUGAGUCUGUAGAAUUCAUUAGAUUCAACAUCCUGCUGGUGUUAAGCAGAGUCCAUUGGGUUGAGUCCGCAGAGUCCAUUGGGUUGAGUCCAUUGGGUUGAGUCCAUUGGGUUGAGU